AUGCUUCCAACGUCCUACAGACGUGCAUUCCUCCCUCAAAUUUACUCGCUGAUAGGGCGUGACGCCCUAAUACGAGAAAUUCGCGAAAACGAUGUUACUAUACUCCUCGGUGAAACGGGGUCAGGAAAAACUACCCAAGUUCCACAAUAUCUCCUAGAGGCAGGAUUGGCUGGGAAAGGCAUGAUCGCGGUAACUCAACCCCGUCGUGUGGCCGCCACAUCCCUUGCUGCACGCGUCGCCGCAGAGCGUGGUGUCAAAUUGGGUAGUCUGGUGGGAUACUCCGUCAGGUUCGACGAGAUCUGUGGCGCAGACACCAAAAUAAAAUAUGUCAGUGAUGGUAUGCUCGUACGCGAGCUCCUGUCGGACCCAUUGUUGUCCCGGUAUAGUGUCAUCGUGCUCGACGAGGCACACGAAAGGACCCUCCGAACGGACUUUUUAAUCGCAAACCUGAAGUCGAUACAGGUAAAGAGAAAACAAGCUACCGAUGUGAAGGGAAAGGGUAAAUGCAUGUCUUCCGGCAUAAAUCCUCUCAAGAUCAUCGUCAUGAGCGCUACGCUGGAUGCCGAGAAAUUCAGCAGGUUUUACCACAACGCCCGAAUUUUGUACGUGAAAGGACGUCAACACCCUGUCAAAAUAUUUUACACGGCCGUGAACCAGACGGAUUAUGUCGACUCCGCCUUGCGGACGUUCUUUCAAAUCCACCUCGACCAACCGCCAGGGGAUGUGCUCAUCUUUCUACCAGGCCAGGAAGACAUCGAAAGCCUCGAGAAAUCCAUCAAAAUGCAUGCCAAGAGACUCCCUGUGAGUUCGACGAAUGUACUCAUAUCUCCCAUGUAUGCAUCCCUACCGCCGUCCCAACAAGCACGAAUAUUUUCUGCUACCCCUCCCCAAACGAGAAAGUGUAUAUUGGCCACCAAUAUUGCUGAAACAUCUAUAACGAUACCUGGCAUAAAGUAUGUAAUCGAUACCGGAAAAUCUAAAGAGAAGAGAUAUCUAUCAAAAGAUACCGGUGGUGGUUUCGAUACUUUAUUGACUCGGGAUAUCACAAAAGCAUCAGCCAUGCAGCGCGCUGGCCGUGCUGGCCGGGAAGGUCCCGGGUUCUGUUUUCGCUUGUAUACCGAGGAAGCGUUCAAUAAUCUAGCAGCUGCUUCGGAACCCGAGAUUCGGCGGUGUAGCCUAACGCAGAGCGUUCUAGAAUUGAAAUGUCUUGGCCAAGACUUGGAAACGGUUGAAUUCAUGGACCCGCCUGAUAUUAAUUCCGUCAUAGCUGCCCUGAAAACGCUUUGGAUACUGGGUGCAUUGGACAACUCGAAAGAAUUAACGUCCUUGGGCAAACAAAUGGCGUCUUUCCCAGUGGAACCCUACUUGGCACGAAUUAUCCUGGCUUCAAGUACUCAUGAAUGCACCUCUGAAGUCAUUGACAUUGUUUCCAUGAUUUCCUCGUCCUCAAAAUUAUUCCUCGAUAUAUCCGACCAACGUGAUGCAAUUGCAAGCGCGCGUAGCAAAUUCCGCCAUCCGAGCGGGGACCACUUGACCAUCCUCAAUACGCUUCGUGCGUAUCAGGAGAUGGCCGAAACAGAGAACAAAAGCUCGCGAAAGGAGUGGUGCAAGCAACACUUCUUGAACGAGCGAACAUUUACGGAAGCACUGAAAAUCCGGGAUCAACUGCGGGUGACGUGUGGAAGAGUUGGUUUGGAUUGGCGAGCUUCGAAAAAAGACAGCGAGGACCCUGUGUUGCGAAGUUUUACUGUAGGGCUGGUACAGCAAUCGGCACUGCUUCAACCUGAUGGAUCGUACAAACAAUUAAUGGGCCGUUCUGUUGUUAAGAUCCAUCCUGGCUCGACAUUGGCCGAUAAAAAGGUACCAGCAAUAAUAUUCGACGAGCUGGUAUACACAAACCAGAUUUACGCACGCGGCGUUUCAUCUGUUCCGAGGAGUUAUUUCAAUGGCGCCACUCCCGCGAUUCCCAAUGGAUCAUGA